GUUGCUGCAGGACACAGUUAUAAGCAAUCAGCGGGAAUAUUCAGGUGUAUAUUUUUCUCUUUUACUCUGUUGUUGUCACUUUGCAGGUAUUUCGCAGGAGGAGAAGAUACGCUUGACCACGUGAGCCAGUCGUCUAUCAACUGAUUGACCAUGGGUCAGGCUCUACAGAGAGCAGCACAGUGGACAUCUGCCCGAGAUGGUUCCGGCGGAAAGCUUGAGUUCACUCCAACGAAUGAAGAGCUGCUGCACACAAUCCUCCAGUUUGUUGAAGGAUUUAGUGGUAAAAGUCCAGAGGAAGCCAAACUCGUAUUCAAGAAGCCUUUCACAUGGAAAACAUCUCUACUGCCAUCACAAUUCUCGUCAGGAGCAUAUGUUGAAAAAGGUGAAGACUUGGAGUCAGAUGCAAAGGGGAAGGAUGGCCAAGCCCUGUUUCAGCUGAAGAAGCUAGCCAAAGAUAAGUAUGAGGUCAGCGUGAUGUCUUUGGAACAGACAGAGAACAUUCUCAGGUCAGCUGGUGACAAGAAGAUGGUGGAACUCAGAGGCUGUUUAGAGGCUAACCGCGACCCCGUUGUCAACAUGCUGGGGGAGAGGUUCGCUACAGUGGAGGGGGAUGACAACUCCAUCUUCCGUUACAUGGAGGAGAUCACCAAGGAGAUCGAACAGGCUGCACGAGCAGGUACCGAGGCAGAGGGAGACACCUCGAAGAUGUCCGAGGUGGAGGAGAAGAAGAUUGUUCUGAGACUGAGAUUGAAACUCUUGAGACUUGACGAACAACUUCUUAAUCAGAGCAUUCAGAAGAUCUCAAGUGAGACACGUUUGACACCACCAAUGGUUGACGGUGAAGUCAGCAUCCUUCAACAGCUGUCCGGAGAAGAUGAGGAGAAGUCAGUCCUAGAAAGCAUCAGCUACUACGGUGACACAUUUGUCUUUAAGAAUGGUUGCCGGGCACAGCCAUGGCGUCAGUUGCAUGGUGACAUCUGCUUCCUGGAGGUCAAAUGUCAUGACCUUGACAAGCCACUCUACAUCACUGCCAACACAAUUGGCUACUACCUGAAUAAUGGGCCAGACAAGGAUAAGCCUGGUCAGAUCGACUACGAACGCCCAGAGCAGGACAUCUUCCGCGAUCUUGUCACACUUCUCAAAGCUAAAAGUAGUCGCUUCGCUGAAAUGAUUGAAAAGCAGGAGUUCGCUCUUCGUGUGGACACCCGAGAUGACCGUCACUAUGACAUGUCCCAAGAGAAGCGUGACGAGGAGGAUGGUGAUGCUACUCAUCGGACAGAACAGAACUGGCAACAGCGGACCUCCCAUCAGGAUAAGGACAAGCAAAACAAGCAGAGUAGACAGCAGAAGAAGAAGCUUGAACCAUCACUUAAGUGGAAAGCCCUGGGUGUUGAGGAGUACAAAGAGGAGCAGAGAGAGAGGAAGAAACCUCCAUCACGCAAGAAACAAACCCACAAGCUGAAGUCUAAGACUCCUGUGGACUGUGAGGAUUCCUUCAGCGAGAGUUCUACUGAAAGUGAAGAAGAAGAGGAAGCUGUAGAACGCAGAACAGAGGCUAAUGCCGACCUUCCUUCUGAGUACUGGCAGAUCCAGAAGCUGGUCAAAUACCUUAAGGGAGGCAAUCAGACUGCCACUAUCAUCGCAUUGUGUUCCCUGCGGGACUUCAACUUGGCACAAGAGACAUGUCAGCUGGCCAUCCGAGAUGUCGGUGGGCUGGAGGUCCUCAUCAACCUCCUUGAUACAGAGGAGAGCAAGUGCAAGAUUGGUUCACUGAAGAUUCUCAAGGAAAUAUCCCGCAACAUCCAAAUCCGCCGUGCCAUCGCUGAUCUUGGAGGGCUACAGACAAUGGUGAAGAUCCUGCGUGACCAAGACAAGGAACUCCGCUGCCUUGCCGCUGAGACCAUCGCAAAUGUGGCCAAGUUCCGCCGUGCCAGGAGAACAGUCAGGCAACAUGGCGGCAUCAGAAGAUUGGUGAGUCUGUUGGACUGUGCAGUGGUCACCAGCCCGAUGAACGCCGAGAUGGAGAAGGAUGUUGAGGUGGCCCGGUGUGGAGCCUUGGCCCUGUGGAGCUGCAGCAAGAGCAAGAAGAACAAGGAGGCCAUGAGGAAGGCUGGAGCCAUCCCUCUCCUAGCCAAGCUCCUCAAGUCUCCCACUGAGGACAUGCUCAUUCCAGUGGUUGGGACGCUUCCAGGAGUGUGCAUCGGAGGUUACUACCGUCUUGCUAUUCGAACAGAAGGCAUGGUGGAGGACCUUGUGAAGAACCUGAAGAGCAGCAACCAGGAGCUGCAGAUGCACUGUGCUUCAGCCAUAUUCAAGUGUGCUGAAGAAAAAGAAACUCGUGACCUUGUGCGUCAGUAUGGUGGCCUUGACCCCUUGGUUGGUCUCCUGAACACGAGUGAGAACAAGGAGCUCCUAGCAGCAGCCACCGGUGCAAUCUGGAAGUGCGCCAUCAGUCAUGAAAACGUCCAGAGAUUCCAAACACUCAAAGCCAUAGAGAUUCUUGUCGGCUUGCUUAAUAACCAGCCUGAAGAGGUAUUAGUGAAUGUAGUCGGUGCCCUCGGGGAGCUAGCCAAAGAUCCACCAAAUCGACUACAGAUCCGAAAGUCCGGUGGAAUAUCCCCCCUAGUUAACCUGCUGACCGGAACAAACCAAGCAUUACUUGUCAACGUCACGAAAGCAGUUGGCCAGUGUGCAGAGGAGCCUGAUAACAUGGUCAUCAUUGACAAAUUAGAUGGUGUGAGGCUGCUAUGGUCACUCCUGAAGAAUCAAAACACAGAAGUCCAGGCCAGUGCUGCCUGGGCCAUAUGUCCAUGCAUAGAAAAUGCCAAGGAUGCUGGGGAAAUGGUGAGGUCGUUUGUGGGAGGUCUGGAGCUCAUCGUCAGCCUCCUCAAGUCUGAGGACAAAGAAGUCCUUGCCAGUGUGUGUGCCGCAAUAGCCAAUAUAGCCAAAGAUGAAGAAAACCUUGCCGUUAUCACAGACCAUGGUGUCGUACCGAUGCUGGCAAGACUUACCAACACUACAGACGACAAGUUACGGCGACACCUAGCAGAGGCAAUAGCACGUUGCUGUAACUGGGGCAAUAAUCGGGUAGCGUUUGGUCGAGAAGGGGCAGUGGCACCAUUGGUGAAGUACCUCAAGUCACAAGACGAGAACGUCCACAGGUCGACGGCUAGAGCACUCUUCCAGUUAUCCAAGAAUCCUGACAACUGCAUCACAAUGCAUGAAGCGGGAGUGGUCCAGCCCUUGAUGAAGAUGGUUGGCGCCACUGACGAGGACCUGCAAGAAGCAGCAGCUGGAUGCAUAGGGAACAUACGUCGUCUGGCACUUGCCAAUGAAAAGGCCAAAUAUGCAUGAUAGGAAAGGACUGCAGCCAAAGAUCAAUCUCAGUGCUGGAGUUACCACCAUAACAGUGUGUUUAGUGGCACCUCCAUAUGAUUCUCCAUUUUAUUCUGUGGAUAUAACAAUAAAUUGAUCUAUGAUGAGAAAUAUUACAAUCGUAACAACUCAGUUGAAAAAUAUAAGUACCAACUUAAAGGUUAUUUUGAGACUUUACUUGUUUCAUAUUGAAGUUAUUCUUGCUCCUUUCAUUUGUCAUUACAUUCCGUCCAGUUUAAAGGAAAUAUCUGUGUCAGUAUGUGAUAUACAAUAUGUUAUAUUACUAUGUUCAAACUAUAUAAACUCUGUGAUAGAAAAUCUUGUACACUGUUUUUAAUAAAUUGUUGACAUGU